UGCUCCCUCGCCUCCCCUUCCGCCGCCGGCUCCGCCCUACGCCGCUGCGGAGCGGGGCCGCGGGGCAGGUGAGCGCCGCCCGCGUACCUUCCGCGGAGGGGCGCACCCCGAAGUCCACCCCACCGGCCCCGGGGCUGCCUUCCCGACAAAUCGGUUUUCCAUCGUUUGGGCUCGGCAUGGCAGUGGACUGGCUCGGCUUUGGCUACGCCGCCCUGGUGGCAUCAGGAGGGCUUAUUGGCUAUGCAAAAGCAGGUAGUGUCCCAUCGCUAGCUGCUGGCCUUUUCUUUGGGAGUUUGGCUGGACUGGGUGCCUAUCAGCUCUCACAGAAUCCAAGUAAUGUUUGGAUAUCUCUGAUUACAUCUGGAACACUGACUGCUGUCAUGGGAACAAGAUUUUACAACUCUGGAAAAUUCAUGCCUGCAGGGCUAAUUGCUGGUGUCAGUUUGCUAAUGGUUGGAAGAUUAGCACUGAAGAUGGUGGAAAAGCCACAUAAGUAAUGUUCAUUUUACAGUUUAAUAUCUGGAUAGGGAAACCUGAUAAUGAAGUUGCAUGAAUGCAGAAGCAAGAAGAUGGAAUGAUUUUCUAUAUCAAGACAAUUCUUUUCAGUUUUUUAUAUAAGGGGGAGUAGAAUGUUGGAACAGGUAGUCUACAUACAAGAUGCUAUUAUUUCAAUGAUCUGGUAGAGCUGUUGUUGUGUAGUGAGAAAUUGGUCCUGGGUUUGAUUUUUCCGGACACGUUUCAGUGUAUUUUAACAUUUCCAGUUUUUAUAUUCCAAAAUACAUGUAUGAAGCAGGGAGGGCCUGUAAUUAAGAAAGUAUCCACAGAGAGGCACCAGGAGUAAUUACAACCAGCUAAAUACAACGGCGUGUAUGUCAUACUUUUCAUAUUGAGUAUUACAGUGUGCUUUACCUAUGGCAUUCUGAGUUGAUACACCAUGUCUGUAUAAUGCCAAACAGAUCUUUGUAUUGUGAAAUGAUGCUAAAAUGUUGCUUUUCUACCAGUAAAAGUUGUUUAAAACCU